AGAGAACAGGAAGGUCUGCUGCAGCCAAGUGAGCAACCUGCAGACUCUGGCCAUUAAACUACCGCAAUCAACGCUCAGCCGUACAAUGGAGGAUGCAGAGAAAGAUUCCCAGCAGCAUCCGGACUCAAUCCCAGAGGUAGGAGAAGAUGCCGUGACGUCUGUCGGUCCCUCUUCCCCUCCACCCGCCAUGACAGAGGAGGAGCGGCAGGAGCUGCAGGAAGAGUUGGACAAGGUAGAGGAUGAGAUCCAGACUCUGUCCCAGGUGCUGGCUGCCAAGGAGAAGCAGUUGGCGGACAUUAAGAGGAAGCUGGGCAUCACACCUCUCAAUGAGCUGAAACAGAAUAUCACCAAAACCUGGCAGGAGGUCACCACCUCCACCGCCUAUAGGAGGACAUCUGAAACGCUCUCUCAGGCAGGCCUGAAGGCCACAGCGGCUUUCUCCAAUGUGGGCUCAGUCAUCAGCCGGAAGCUCGAGGACGUCAGGAAUGCACCAACUUUCAAGUCAUUUGAGGAGAAAGUGGAGACUUUGAAGACCAAGAUGACUCCAUCAGCAUCCACCAGUAACCCCAGUGACGAAGACAGCAGCGGCCCAACCACCGAGUCCCCGCUCAGUCAGCCAGAGGACCCACCCACCCAGGAGACGCCAUUGAACUGAGACCUGCCUAACCCCUCCUGACCCCCACCCACCCCUCCUCACUUGACUCCCUAACCCCUUGACCAUCAACACUUGCCCCUUAAACUCCUUGUGCCAGUCUCCUUUUAUUGGAAGCAAAUGACUUAACCCAGCCUUCUUUCUGAUCUAAUUGUCUGGUCUCUUUGUCUGACGCGUGCGCUCCACUCACUUGUUAACUGGUGUGGAAACUGAAAGCAUGGGAUGGGUGCAGGCAUGUGGUCUCGUGCCAGUCAUUUAUUUUUCGAGUCCAUUGUGGCUCGCUGUGGGAGAAAUCCUCCCCGCUGUAUGACUUUCCUUCUCUGCUGUUCCUUUUCCUCCCGCACUCAUUAAUUUCCGCCUUUGUCUAACCAGUAAAGCUCAGAUGCCAAAUGUUCUCCUAUUUUUUUCUUUAUCAAAGGAACGCUUUUCAUAUUUUAUGUUUGAGUGUAGAAAACAACACAAAUAUAGAAAGAUUUACUUUUACGAACUUGAUUGGAGAAGAAUUUACACUUUUCUUUAUGUGUGAACCAGGCAGUUGUUGGCUUAUUGCUUCUGCAUGGCCCUUUACUACAUGUUGGACUUAUUAUUAUUACUAUAAGCACUUAUUUUGUUUGCCACCAUUUUGGGGCUAUUCUUGGUUUACUAUGGGUUACCUUUUUGUGGCUAACCUGAUUUCCGUUUUCCUCACCGUAUUCACUUUAGCUCCCCACACAAUCAUAAAGUAGUCUAACACUGUGUUCAGAAUAUGAAUGUAUACCUUCUUGUGUCAUAAAGGUACAACAGUUUGUAUAAUGUAACCCACAAUGCUGAGCUACUACUGAGGUACCAACAGACUCCAAUGCUGGCAUUUCAAAACACAUUUCAGAUAGAAUAGAGUUAGAUAGUUAACAGGAAAACAGCCAAGAUCAGCAGAACAGAGGCAGAGCAAACACACAGUCAAGGUUCAGCCUUGACCCGAGGUGAGAGUGAAAUGAAUGUGUCUCUUCCAGAGCCAGUAUCAAUAUUUAAACACUUGUCCAUUGUUUCUGUGAGGGAAGUAACACCUAGUCUCCCUCAAGGCAAGAGAAUACUCCACUGGAUGUUAUUUUGUACACUGAUACAGGAUGAUAAUUUAGUAAAGGUUUGCCAGAUUUUACCAGUAAUGUACAACUUUUUCUUUUUUCCCCUCCUGUUAUAUUGUUUUGAGAAGUUUCCAGGAAAUUGCGUAAAAUAAUCAAGAUCUGCUUCUUUUCAUAGAGUCUUGGCCAAACUGCAGGAUUAUAUACAGUAUUUGCUGAAAAAGCUGCUUUCAUACAGACCAAACACUUUUUCUCUUACGAUCUCAUGCUGCUUCAAAUUAUUAUACCAUAGAAAUUAUUAAACUACUGAACUUUAUGCGCAGGGCUACUGAUGGAGGUUAAAUAUAACCUGAAGGGGCAAACAGAGCUGAUCUGAACACAGCCGAGGUUUCCUCUGAACACUUCCCCUCUGCUGGUGCAUGAGCAGCUUGGUACAAGUCUUCCCCUGCUGGUCGACAACUGGCUAAACAUGAAUGUGACUCGGCUCUCCCAACAGCAGUCUUAACCAUUAGUGACACACGCUGACUGUGGAUCAGCGUCCUGGGAGAACACUGCAUAAGAUCUUGGGGCAGGGGGGGGUUUGUUACCAACCGUGACAGUGACAGUGUUUGCUGUUCUGAGUCUAACUUGACAGCAGUGGGGUUUUAACAAAUACAGUAGCUCAUGUCCUCAUCGAACAUCACUCCUCAGCCAUGGUCCAGAAAAUUCAUUACAGCAUUGUAUAUCAGCCAUGAGGAUUCUAUUUGUAAUUAGUCAUACAUGUAACAGACAAUUUAUUUGGUUCUUAAUUGGAAUAGUGGAUGGAAGAAAUUUACUCUCAUUAAAAAUACCUCUGAAGUAAACUGACUCAGUGUUAACUG